CAAAGUUAACGCCCGUGUGAGAAUAACCAUCAAUCAAUAUCAAGAAUGGAUGAAGAAUUUGACGUAAUUGUCUUGGGUACUGGAUUGACCGAAUGUAUCUUGUCAGGAUUAUUGUCUGUUGAAGGCAAAAAGGUCUUACACAUUGACAAACAAGAUUUUUAUGGGGGAGAAUCAGCAUCAUUGAACUUAUCUCAGGUAUACUCUAAAUUCAGACCUUCAGGUCAAAAGCCUGAAUUGGCCGGUAGAGAUAGAGACUGGUGUAUUGACUUAAUUCCUAAGUUCUUAAUGUCCAAUGGAGAAUUGACCAAUAUUUUGGUUCACACCGAUGUCACUAGAUAUAUCGAGUUCAAACAAAUUGGUGGAAGUUAUGUGUACAGAAAUGGCAGAAUCGCCAAGGUCCCGGCCAAUGAAAUGGAAGCAGUCAGGUCAUCGUUGAUGGGAAUUUUCGAAAAGAGAAGAAUGAAGGGUUUCUUGGAGUUUAUUGCCAAAUAUGAUGAGGACGAUAAAUCCACUCAUCAAGGAUUGGAUUUGGAUAACAACACCAUGAAUGAAGUCUAUAAUUAUUUCAGAUUAGAGAACGGGACGAAAGAUUUCAUCGGCCACGCUAUGGCCUUAUGGCCCAAUGAUGAUUACUUGAAUGAACCUGCUAAGCCAACCUAUGAACGAAUCAUUUUGUACGUCCAGUCGGUGGCCAAGUAUGGAAAGUCGCCUUAUAUUUACCCAUUGUAUGGAUUGGGUGAAUUACCUCAAGGUUUUGCGAGGUUGUCUGCCAUAUAUGGUGGUACCUAUAUGUUGGGAACUCCAAUCGAUGAAAUCUUGUACGACGAAAAGAAGAACUUCGCUGGGGUUAUCACCAAAGAAGGUAAAGCCAAGGCCCCAAUUGUCAUCGCCGACCCUACUUAUUUUCCUGAAAGAGUCAAGAAGACAGGCCAAAAAGUCAUUAGAGCUAUGUGCAUUUUGGAUCACCCCGUCGCCAACACCUCUGACUUGGACUCGUUGCAAUUGAUUAUUCCCCAAAAUCAAGUUGGCAGAAAGCAUGAUAUCUACGUAGCUGUGGUGUCGGAUGUUCACUGUGUAGUGCCAAAAGGGUACUACUUGGCCAUAGUUUCCACUAUUAUUGAAACCGAAACUCCUCAUGUUGAGUUGGAGCCAGCUUUCAAAUUAUUGGGUUCCCGAGUUGAUACUUUAAUGGGUAUUGCCGAAUUGUAUGAGCCCCAGGAUGAUGGUACUUCCAGUGGAAUCUUCAUUUCGAAGAGUUAUGACUCUACUUCACAUUUUGAAUCUAUGACUGAUGAUGUUAAAGAUUUAUACUUUAGAGUUACCGGUAAGCCAUUGGUCUUGAAGAAAAGACCAUCUGACCAGGAAGAGGACGAUGCCUUAAAUGGUCUUUAAAUCCCUCUAAAUACUGUUUGAGUCUUCCAUGAUUGAAUAUAUAUAUAUCAAUAAGCAUUUUUUGCAACCGCCACAUUGAAGUCAUAUACUGGUUGUGGUGUACGGCACAAAAUUCGCUGUGGCACUUUUUUGACAUACCUUUGACAUUUUUCACCAACCGUGCCAAUUAUCUCAGCAGUGGCCCCGGUCGGAUCUCAGAAACAAGUAUAUCAUGCCAUUGACCUACCUUGUCAUCUCUUGCUCUGUGCCUCUAGUUCAAU